CGGACGGUAUUUUUAUUCUUCUAGUUCCACUUCACCCGUUCUUAUUCGUUUCUCUCCCUCCCUCUCUCCCUCCCCCCGGGCCUCGACUCGACCGAAGCUUCUUGGCUGGAAAAGUUGGUGUCCUUUCCCACCGAUCAACCUUUUGCGAGGAGCCUCGAGUAGCAUUUUGAGUUCUCAGAAUGCCAAAGGAAAGAGUUGUCCCUUCGAAAUCUUUUAAUAGGUCCAGUACGUCUCCUUAUCCUUGUGGAUCUAAGAAUAUUGAGCAGCAUAGUUCAAAGAAUUGUUUAGAACCAGUUGGGGAUGAGAAGGAAUGGGAAGAAGCUAGAUGCCCGAUCUGCAUGGAACACCCUCAUAAUGCUGUGCUCUUAGUAUGUUCUUCCCAUGAAAAGGGAUGCCGCCCUUACAUGUGUGAUACAAGCUACUGCCACUCGAACUGUUUUGACCAGUUUCACAAGUCAUCUUCUGCAGUUUCCUCGACAGAUAUUCCUGAGGAGGUCUCGUUUUCAGGUGCAUCCAAUCGAGGAGGAGGUGGGGAACCAAGGCAACAUAGGCCAGGAAGUCUUCGUUGGAACCAGUUGGAAGCCAAGCUUUCAUGUCCCCUCUGCCGAGGGCAAAUCAGUGGGUGGAUUGUUGUACAACCUGCUCGGGACUUGAUGAAUUCUAAACCCAGAAGUUGUUCUCUUGAGACCUGUGAUUUUAGCGGGACUUAUUCUGUGCUAAGGAAUCAUGCAAGGCUUGAACAUGCUUCUGUACGACCAUCAGAGGCUGAUCCAAGGCGGCAGCAUGAUUGGAUGAGGUUAGAGAGUGAAAGAGACUUCCAGGACUUGCUUAGUGCAUCAUCGGAGUUGGAGUCCGCAGAGCAAUGGAAUGAUUGGAUGGGGGAUUUGGAGGGGGAUUUGGACGGGGAUUUGGACGACUUCUUUGGUGAAUCAGGGUUAGAGUCUAUGGAUGAAUGGGAUGGUAUUUUGCAGAUGGAUAUUGAAGUUGAGCUGCCUUUCAGUUUCAUUGACGUACCUUUCUCAUUUGAUGCUUCGUACCAGAUUAGUGUGCCUGGUAAUUCAGGAGUACGUAAUGGGAGAACCACAACAAGAACAAGGGAUAUGGAUGGCGGCUAUGUGUCGUCGGGAAGCAGCCAGGCAAGUAUGGGACAGCGGCACAGAAAUGAAAGGCAUAACCAGGGGCAGGGGCUGCCCAGAACAAGAAGGGAUACUAAUAAUAAUUCAAGGCGCGAACAUGAUGCUGGUAGUAGAAUGGGCGGCGGUUAUAUGCCAUCCGGGAACAGGCCAAGAACCGGACAGCGGCACGCAAAUGAAAGGCAUUACCAGGAAUCAGCAAGGAAUAACCGGUGAUUCAAGCACGCCUCACUUACUAAAUGUUUCCAGCCUUAGGUUAAAAAAACAUUUCGCCUCUCUUAUGUUUUUAUUUAUUUAUUUUAAUUUUGGGUUUUCUUUCAUUGGUAAAACAUUUUUUUUGUGGGUUUUUUUUUUGGGUAUCUGAGUGUUAGUCCAUUUGGGAGGGAGGGCAGUGGGACUGGUAAUUGAUAGGGUCAGGCAGGGCAGGGGAUCCUUGGCUCUGCAAUUGUAUUUUAGGUCAAAAGUGAUAUUUUAAUGUGCCUCUCAAAAAACUGUUGUUUUAAUUACUGUUUCUUGUUUAGCUAUUCCUUAGAAUUUCCCAGGGGAAAAAAAGUAGUACUUAUACUGUAACUGUAUAUACUGAUCUUUGGUGAGUGGUUGCGUGUGGAUGCUUGUAGGU